AUGGAUCACUACAUGCCUGAAAUCUUCUGGCACGACCGUCAAGGACUUCUUUCAGUCGACGUGCACUGGGAAGUACGCGACGGGAAUCGAUACAAAAUUGUCACUUCUAGUGUUCAAAAAGAGGUGAGUCAAUUUAGAUUCAUUUAACUUUAAAAAAUCCGGAAUUUUAGGUCAGGAUUUGGGAAUUGGAGUUCGAGCCCUCCGAAAACUCGACACCCUCGCCGCUCUCCGUCUCGUUCAUCGCUAAUCUGGUGUUUCACAAUCAGGCCAUCAACCAGGUCAAGUUCAGUCCGAGCACCGAACGUGAGCAUUCCUUUUUUCGAUAGGAAACUCUGAAUCUUCAAAAUUUCAGAUAAUCUUCUAGCGUCCGGCGAUUGUGAAGGCCGAAUUACCAUUUGGAAGCAGCUCGACACGCCGGCCCCACCACCACAAGACGAAAUGCCGCCGAACAAGGAGAAUUGGGUCAGGUUUAAAGUUCUCAAUCACAAUAGUGAUGUGAAUGCGUUGUGCUGGAAUCCGGACGGAACGCAGGUCGCUUCGGUUUCCAACGAUCAUACUCUAGCUGUUCAUGAGGCACUCACCGGUGAGGAUUUAGCCAUAAAUCACUGAAAAAUGCAUAAUUUUACAGGAAAACGACUAAUUUCCGUAGGAAACUUUCGCAGCCCCAGCGGAGUAUCGUGGGAUCCACGGGGCAAGUACCUCGUCACAAUGUCCUCGGACCGACGGAUGGAUUUGAUCGACGCUGUGAAGGGCACCCGCAUCAAGCACUUCUCCACGGCCCCUCUGCCCGCUCUCACUCUUCCCUGGUCGAGCGGAGACGUGCAACUGGAGGAGAAGCCGCACAAGCUGUUCCAUGACGAUCAACUGUUCAGUUUCACGCGCGUUCUCUCGUUCUCGCCCGACGGAGAGUUCAUUGCGGCGCCGUGCGCGCAUCUGGAGCUCGGAUCCACAGAUGUGUACGGAACGUAUCUCUUCAAAAGAGGAGAUCUUGGGAUGUUAGUUAUAAGAUUUAACACAAUAAUCACACUUUUUGUUGCAGAAAAGACGCUCCGUUUGCAUUCUAUCCAUCGUCAAAGCCGACGUUCCUUGUGAAGUUCUCGCCAGUCUACUUCAGUCUUCUCAAAAAACAAGAAAAUCGACUAGGCCUUCCGUACCGUCUCGUCUGGAUCACUCUGAACAAGGACGCCAUCUAUUUCUACGACAGUCAGCACGCGCAUCCGAUCGGCGUCGUCGACAACAUUCACUUCAACUCGCUGACCGACGCCACGUGGAGCCAGGACGGAAAGGUUCUGGUGAUCUCGUCGCUCGAGGGCUACUGCAGCUUCAUCAAGUUCACAUUGACCUCGUGGGGAGAAGUGGUGACGGAGGUCGUGCCGAUGUGCUCCACUCCGAAUCUGAUCGAGGAGAAGAAGACGAAGAAGCGGAGGACGACUGCGGUGGCGGCGGCGGAAAAGGAGAAGGAGAAAGAGGAGGAAGCGGUGAAGACGCCGUCGCGGAAGGAACCGUCGACUCCGAAGACUCCAGCGCUGACCAAGUUCUUCAAGAAGAAUCUCUCGGCGAGCACCCCCGAAGCGCCAAAAUCGAACGGCGCGAAGAAGAGAAUCCAGCUGGAUUCGACAACCUAA